AGAAAGUAGUGCAAAAUCUUAAAGAGAUUGUUAAUUAUAGCUGCACGGACUCGGAGAUCUACGCGGUCCUUAGAGACUGUAAUAUGGACCCUAGAGACGCCGUUCAACAUCUCCUCUCUCAAGAUACUUUUCAUGAGGUAAAAAGCAAACGGGAAAGAAGAAAAGAGAUGAGAGAAACACAAGGACCAAACACCCGAGUUGAUGGUUGUCCAUCUAAUCGUGGUGUGAGAGACAGUAGUGAACAUUCUUACGGGCGUAGUGGAUCAAUAUUAAACAGUUGCAAUGAGCUUGGUAAAGCUGCAUACAAGAAAGAAAAUGACUCGGUUGCUUAUAUGCUGCAUUCUGCUUCUUCAAAAUUACAUUCAACAGGACAAACUUUGAAUGAGCAGCUUUUCCCGCCAAGCAAUUUUUUUGAUGCUGAUUAUAGAAGACAAUCAAUAGGACCAGGUGAUGUGAUUGAUUCAUCUAUGCCACCAUCUCAUCGAUUACAAUCUUCUUGGGUGGGGAGCACCGUAGAACAUGAUAUUGUAAAAAUGGGUAGACCAAAAAGUAAAGGCUCACAAAUGUGAUGUGAGACCCCUUAUUCCCCUGAAGAUGCUGUUCCACCAAACUCAACCAUCUACCAAAUGAAACCAUCCCUAGCUACUUCAGAUUCAAAAUUAGGAACAGUCCAAGAGUUGGAUUUUUCGGAUUUGAACAUGACUUUUGAAUCUGGAAAGAAAUCCAGUCAGAAUGGUUUUGACAAUGAAUGGGCUA